AAGAAACGGGUGAUGGCAUGGAAGAAAUCAAAAUUCUUCAAAAGCUACCCGUCCAUGUCAACCUUGUGAAAUUUCACGAUUUUUUCUUCGUGAAAAAGUCCUUCUGGCUCGUGAUGGAGUUUUGCGAUGGUGGAGAUCUCCAAAAACAUUUCAAAAAAUUAGAGGGCAAAAUAGAUGUCGCUGUAAAAGUGGAUUUCAUGCGUCAGCUGGCAAGUGGUGUGAAGCAUCUUCAUGACUGUAGACUUGUCCAUCGUGAUUUGAAACCAGCAAAUGCGUUGAUAAGUUUAGCAACUGGGCAGACAGUUUUAAAGUUGACAGAUUUUGGGAUAUCAAAACUAGCUGAGGGCAAAGCCAACUCCAUGCAGACAUAUAUGAUGAGCACGUCUUUGGGGACACCAUGCUUCAUGGCGCCAGAAAUCUUCAAACAAGAGAAAUAUACUUCAAGUGUUGAUGUAUUUUCACUUGGUUUGAUUUAUAGUGGAAUGCUAGAUUCUGAAAAGAAUAAGGGAGAGAUCCUUCCCCUGCCAGCUGGGCCUAUGAUGAUGCCAAUGCCGAUUGGGAUGCUUCUAGCUCAACC